GAGCGAGAGAGGGAAGGAGGGUGGGAGGGCCAGCUGGCAGGUGAGCUUACACAGGUAUCAUGGCAAAGGGAGAGAGACAGUGAAAACAAACUUGCAGCCGCCAUGAGCCAAUUUAACCCCGGUCCUCGUGUGGUGACCAUUUACAAGACUGACACGGGGUUCGGGUUCAACGUGAGAGGUCAGGUCAGCGAGGGAGGGCAGUGGCGGCCGAUCAAUGGUGACCUGUACCCUCCCCUGCAGCAUGUUUCCGCCGUGCUGGAGGGCGGCGCGGCGGAGCAGGCGGGCAUACGGAAGGGCGACAGGAUUCUGGAAGUCAAUGGGGUGAAUGUGGAGGGUGCCGAACAUCGCUAUGUGGUGGAGCUCAUCAAGCAGGGCGGCGAUGUGCUCAGGCUCACUGUCAUCUCUGUCUCAAGGAAGGAGGCAGAGAGGUUGGAGCCAAGUGAGGAGACUUCUGGGUUCUCAUACAUAGACUACAGUGAGAAGCGAUCUCUGCCCAUCUCCAUCCCAGACUACUCAUACAUAGAGGCUGGAGGGGACAAGUAUGUGGUGUUCAAUAUCUACAUGGCCGGCAGACACCUAUGUGCCCGCCGCUACAGGGAGUUCUCAAACCUUCACAAUAAUCUCAAGAGGGAGUUUAUGGAUUUCAACUUCCCUAAGCUCCCAGGGAAGUGGCCCUUCUCGCUUUCAGAACAACAGCUUGAUGGAAGACGCAGAGGUCUGGAGCUGUAUUUAGAGAAAGUGUGUGCUGUGAGGGUGAUAGCCGAGAGUGACAUCAUGCAGGAUUUCCUCAAUGACUCAGAUGAUCAUCAGGGUAACAGUAUUCGUGUGGACCUGAAAGUGCUGCUGCCAGACAAGAGUGUGGUGACAGUGACGCAGGCAAAGAACGUGUUGGCCCAUCAAGUGUACCAGGCAGUGGUGGAAAAGAUCAACAUUCCACCUGAGACAGCCAAGUGCUUCGCCCUCUUUGAAAUUGUGGAGUACAACUUUGAACGAAAAAUCAGCGAUGAUGAGUUUCCCCACAACCUGUACAUCCAGAACUACAGCACAGCCACAGCCACCUGCUUGUGCAUCCAUCGGUGGAUAUUCAACCCACACAGAGAGCUGCGACUUUGUGCCUCAGACGACAUGGCACACACCUGGCUCUUUUGGACAGCGGUGGAGGAUGUGAACCGGGGACACAUCAAGCCCACUGACCAAUUGUACCAACUGAAGGCCCUGCAGGACGUGGCCAGAAAGGAACAAUAUCUCCAGGUGGUGCGAGGCUGUGAAGGGUAUGGAGACAUUGUGUUCCCUCACUGCCCCUGUGACUCGAGGAAGAAGGGCCAUGUGGUCGCCUUUGUGGGGUACAAGUCCUUCAGGCUGCAGGCGUGUAAAGAGGAUGGCUCAUUACAGAGUCAGAUAAUCGAUUUUGCCUGGUCAACAAUUGAGAAGUAUGAAGUGGAUGAUGAGGCGAUGGCAUUCUGCUUCCUAUACAGGCAAACAGAGGAGCUCAUCAGAUGGGUCAAGAUUUUCACACCAUAUUACCACUUCAUGGAGGAAUGCUUCCAGCGGGUGCAGGAGGAACACCAGUGGACGUAGGGAGACAGGAGCUGUAGAGUGUAAGACCCGAAGUGUGUGUGUGUGUGUGUGUGUGUGUGUGUGAUGCUAUGGUGGUGUGCUGGACAUGAUGUGAGGACUUCAUUGGCAUUCGUUGAGUGAUAUCUGAACACAUGUACACGUCGACACAUAAACCACUGUUUGAACGUGAGCGGUUAAGUUUUUAGGAAGUGUUGUGUUUAUAUUGAGAGAAAAUGAGUAAUUCUUUUAACAGACUAUCUUGGAAGUAGUGAGAAAUCUUGGCUGAGGCGUGGUGGUCAGCACUGCCCAAUACUCAUCUUGUGAGGUCUCUGUCCCCUUACUGGUCUAGGAGGGCUGGAGACACUUCAGUUUUUAUGCCCUCAGUCAUGAUUACUUUUUACGGCAACAUAAUAAUGUGUUUCAUUGCAGCCAGAUAGGAUAUUUAUAAGGCUUGAAAAUUCAAUGAAAAAUACGUAUGUGACAUUUGUAUGUUUUGUGAGCUUACGGCUCUAGUCAGCUGAUCCUCAAGUCACUUUAGUUUUUGUUGAGUGUGUAUGUAACUCCUGCUGCAGUCACUUGUCUCCCAGUACAGCUCUUCAUUUCAGAACAACACGUCUGUCAGACACUCACAUUGCUCAGACCACACUACCCAUGAGUGCACAAAGUCCUGCCCUGUGUCUCCCCUUGACCAGUACCUUUGGGAACAAGUACUGUACGUAUUCUUGUACUCGCGACCUGACAAUUACACUUGCCGUCUAUCUGCCUGUCCCUCCUCCUGUCCCUCACUUCUCUCCGCUGUUUCCUGAGAGACGAGAGAAGUAGUACGUGAGCAGUCCUCAGCCAGCCCAAGACUGCAAGCAUUUGGCUGGAAGUAAGAUUUAAUCUAGUUAACAGAAGGCAAAGAAUAUAUUUUUAUCUUAAAGCCAGUUGUCACGCUCCAAUUAUUUUUGUUGUUUUACAAAAUAUACUAUACAUAGCAAUAGGUAGCCGAGAUAUAUGUAAUGGGAUUGAGUGUUACAUGAUACAGUAUAGCUUACUGCUUGUGAUGAGCUUGCCUGUAUGUGAAAGGCAGGAGUGAAGGGGUGUGAGUGUGUGAAGUGUGUGGUGUGCACAGGAUACAGCCUGCUGGAGAUAUUAUUUGGAACAGCAUAUCCAGGAGCUACUGUGUGUGUGUGUGUGUGUGUGUGUGUGUGUGUGUGUGUUUGUGUGUGUGUGAUACUUGUGAAGGAUUGUGCAUUUACUGUUUGGAAAAGACCAAGAAUGUAAGUUGCAGGAAUGUGUUCUGUAGCUAAUUUAUAGAUGACAGUGUGGAUAUAUAUAUAUAUAUAUAUAUAUAUAUAUAUAUAUAUAUAUAUUCUACACUUGUUCACUCCUUUGAAGUCAUUGGUGGUUCUGUUCCAUGAAGUUAGUUGUAUUCAUUGUUAUAGAUUUACAUAUUUUCUUCCAAUAUGAAGUGAUGAUAACAAGAGCAGUAUUCCCCAGCCAGCCAGCCUCACUAGUCUGUCUGUUCAGUAAGUCGCCACAAGUUAAAUUGACGUGCCCCAAAUAUUCACACAGCAUCCUCACAGGCUCACCGGGUGUCAGGUGGUGGUGACAAACUCCUGCCUGGCGGUGGUGUGUGGCGGCCACCUGUUGUAUGUGAUAUGCUUCGUAUGAGUCCUCCAGUCAUAGGUUUACAUGACAUAUCAGCCCCAGUGUUAUAAUGGAUCUUAAGUUUGAAGUUAGUCCCAGUUUAUUUCAUAUCGUAAUAAUUUCACCAUAGCAAUAUAUUAGAACCUACGCAAAUACCAGGGAGACUUAUGCACGCAUUGUCUCAUACAACGUGUAAUAUUUUGUUAUCCUACUACUGUUGUUAUUGAAGCUCACUUACUGUCAUGAUGGAAACUGGCACUCUCAAGAAAGGCUUAUAAAACUCCUGUAGGAGAAAUCAUGUAUUGUGCUAAUGCCCUUGGGAUGAGCUCCUCCCAGGACAGUGUUACUUACUCAGACAGUUUGGGUUUGGGUUUCCUCGUAGACAUUCCACACUCGUCCCUGAUAAAUGUGAUGAAAACCUUCCAUGUUACGUUCAGCCUCUUAGCUAUUUAUUUUGUAUUGACCCUUUUGGUGGCUCAGACAAUAGGUAUGAAGAUAUCAAGAUGCAUUUCCCUUCCCCUCAAUGGACUAAGCUUCAUAACAUUCUCAGUAGCAAUACAGUGAUACGACACUAUAGUCACCUGAAGACUCCACACACCUGUGACAGCCACACUCCUACAGCUUAGUUAGGUUGAUGCACCAGAGGCCUCCUGUUCAUGCAUUUUCACCUGGGCUUUUACCUGGCUUUCCCUCCUUUUCUGUGGUAGCAUUACUUUUCUUGAUAAAAGAAACUGUGUUAUAUUGAAAAAUACCUGUGCCAUAGAAGCUACUGGUUAUAGAUGCUUAAAACUAGGAGGAUGUUGGCAUUAGGUGUUACAGACAUAGAGAGUUAGGAACUGACUAUCCAAUCAUGUAUUUUUCUAUUCAGAUCAGAGUGAGUAAAUCCUUGUUGAUCAUCACCCACAACACAAGAGGGAUAGAUUUAUUUUAUCACUGCAGCUUCUUGUGUGUCUAUCAUGACUGACAACUCAGUGAAAUAUCUUGAUACUCUAUUUUUUUUUUCUCCCUCUCUCUGAUUUCACUGAGGUUAGCAUUACCAAAGAUUCUAGAAUGAUAUACAUUAACAUAGGAGAGCCCUGUAAUAUUGGCUCUUUUAUGAUUUUAUUUGAAAUAUAAUAUAUUUUUUCUUUACCUAGUUUGUAUAACACACCAACACGUAUGAAUCAAAAGCAUCUGAUUGGUGAGCAGACACUUAAAUUUUAAAUUGUGAUUCACUAUGCAGGUUUUAUUUGCGAGUUUCAACUUUUUAAUUUUUUACCUAGAAACAUUUUAUUAAAUGUAUUUUACCCUGUAUGUAUUUAAAUUGUCAAUACUUCCUUAGUAAUAACACUAAUUAUGCCAAUUUAUGUAACAGCACCAAUUGUAAUUAUAACAAUAUGCAUGCAAACAUUUGAUGUAUAUAAUUACAUGCCAUAUUUAUGAUCCAAGGUACUGUGUACCUAUUAAAUCAUCUACAUUAAUCAUGUAUAUAUACUAUAUAUCUAUGAA